GAAUUUCACAGUAGAAGACGACCCGCCAUGUUUUGCUUAUCUAACUUUUCCUCCAUAACUAAAACUGUUGCUCAAGCCAACCUUCCCGAAAGCGAUUCAUCUUCCCCGCCCGCACGAAGCAAUGAUCCCAAAGCUCCACUUCUCUCCGCAAAAACCAUUCCUUUACCAAGAAAGAGACGCAGACCUUCUCCCCCACGGCCCACUGUAGUCCAAAUCGAACGCAUUGUCGGUGCCGGAAGCUUCCGCGACGGCCAGCCAGCGGAUCCGGACGUGAGGAAGUCCAUAUUUGACUUGUUCUUGGGCAAGAGAUUUGAGGGACCGGUGGAGAAGAAGCUGCGGGAGACUGGAGAGUGGCUAGUUAACAAUACCGAGCAAGAUUUCCGUUCAUCUGGAAAAAGGAUUCUGUUUUUUGUGUUGCAAUGGAUACUACCUAUUUGGGCUAUGUCACUCCUGAUAGCUUCUGGGGCGAUCAAGUUACCAUUCAACUCUCCUUUUCUUGAUGACUUGAUCAUGUAAUCAUAUAGUCCUCUCACCAAAGUGCAAUUACUCCAUAUUUAGAGUAAUCAAUCAGGAUUCAAGACUCUAUUGAGCCACUGUGCUGUCACUAUGCAGCAGGAUAUAAAAAGAAAUAUGAGAUGAGUGAAUCCCACUUAUUUUUCACCUGGUAAGUGGGAUUAACCUCUCUUAAUGUCUCUUUUUGUUUCCUGUUUCCUGGUGUAAUGCUUGGAUAGGAUCUAAAUCCGAACAGUCAACAUGUAUCACUUGUUGUACAUAUACCCUACGGAUCUCUUCUCUUAAGAAAAGUGUUCUCUUCGACUGGUUUAUGUUGGAAUAUAAUGGAGAAAAAUUGUACAUUAAGGUCAAGGAUGCACGCUUUAGUUCCAUGCAAAUCUGUUCAGCUUACAGAGAUGAAUAGAUGGAUUUACCUUUCCUUAACCACUCGAUAUUUUAUUCCUACAAAUAGUUUGGCUAAAUUUGUGAGGUGAGCAAGUAUUCAAAAGGUGAUGAAAGUAAUGUUUUGUACGAUGUC